AUGAGUGACUUCAAGUCUGCCCAGCUCUUCAAGCAAAUUCAAGAAGGUAUCAGCGGAUUCUCGGAUGCCCAAAAGAAGGACCUCCAGAAGAAGACAAAUGCCGUCUUUGAAUUCCACGUUAAGAAUGCUGCUGGCAAGGAGCUCGUCCAAACUAUUGACCUGAAGAAGGAUGUUGCCGUUUACGAGGGCAAGGCCAAGGGCAAGGCUGACUGUGUCAUCAACGUCAGUGAUGACACCUUCUCUGACCUUGGUGAAGGCAAGCUGAACGGUCAGAAGGCCUUUAUGUCUGGCAAGCUCAAAGUGAAAGGCAACAUUAUGCUCGCGACCAAGCUGGACAACGUGCUGAAGGCUCAACGCUCCAAGGCAUAA